CGUCCGUCCUUGGCAAAAGCUUCACUUGCCUUACCCUAGAGCCGCCCUUGGUCACCGACCGUCCAGCAGCUGGAGUUUGUACCCUAAGUUUCGUUUCAGAUCAUCCCUUUCAGCAAUGGGCACAACAAAUAUAAGGGACAUUUUGACUUGUUUGAGUCCCUCUCUGGACUUCUUUGCUAUCAGUUCUGGUGAUGGCCGUAUCAAGAUAUGGGAUACAGUGAAGGGUCAGGUACAAACGGAGUUUGCAGAUAUUGUGUCAACUGAGACAACAGCAAGCUUGUUUACUAAGCCAGGAGGUCAUCUUUCUAUGGAUUAUACUUGCAUGAAGUGGUUAUCAUGUGACAGAAAGAAAAAAAGGAAGCUUGGAACUUCAUUAUUGGUUUUAGGUACAGGCAGUGGUGAUGUUUUGGCUCUAGAUGUAUCUGCAGGUCAUCUCAAAUGGAGAUUUACUGAUUGCCAUCCUGGCGGUGUCAAUGCCAUCUCAUUCCCUUCACAUGGUUCAUUCAUUUACACGGCUGGUGCUGAUGGACUGGUUUGCAAAAUUGACUCCAUGUCGGGGAACUUACUGCAUAAGUUUAAAGCUUCCACUAAAGCAAUAUCAUCUUUAUCCGUUUCGUCAGAUGGGAAAAUGUUAGCAACAGCAACUUCUCAGUUGAAAAUUUUCAAUUGCUUGGAUGACAAAAAGCUCCAGAAGUUUUCAGGCCACCCUGGGGCUGUUCGGCGUAUGGUUUUCUCUGAAGAUGGGAGACAUGUUCUUUCUUCUGCUGUUGGUGACCGACACGUAGCAGUUUGGAAGUUAGAUGGUAGCAAAAAGAAAUCGGUGUGCUGCUUGCUUCCAAUGGAUCACCCUGCUGUCUUUUUGGAUAGUUACUGCAUUAAAUCUGGAGUUGAAAAUGAUGCAAGUUUAGGUGUUUUGGCCAUUUCAGAAAUUGGUGUUUGCUACUUUUGGCAUGGAAAGAGUUUUGAGGAAUUGCACAAUUUGAAGCCCACAAAAAUAUGCGCAUCUUUAGAUGAGGAAAUUCUGAAGAAACAUAAAGAAGCCGUGCAUAGUAUUUUUUCGGCAAAAUUGCAAUCUAUUGGCACAUCUGGUUCCGGUCAUAUGUUUGUUGCAUAUGGCUUGUUAAUAAAACCAUCAUUUGAAAAAGUUAUGGUGCAGCCUGGGGCGGAUAUGAGAUUAAAAAGUUCACUUGACGGGAUCCUUCUACCCUUCAGUCAAUCCCGCAAAUCUAAACAAGCAUCUAACACUCAGAGUCAGGUUACUGCUCUCGAUUGUGCAAAUGCAGAGGGUGCCUUACUUCCUUUGCCUAAGAUUCUUGAUCAGGUUGGUGUCGAGCAUGGAAUUAAGCCCACAGUGAGCAAAGAUGUCAUUGGUAAACAAGGUGAAGAUGAGGUGACAAUUUGCAUGGAGGACCAGUUAAGAUCCAUAGGUAUAAUUAGCAGUGACUAUGAUCUCUCGCCUAGCUCAAUUCUUGAUCCUAAGAUUUUGAAAGGAAUAAGUGUUGAUGCUAGUAUGCCACCGAAGAAGAUGAAAUCAGCUGUUUUAUCUUUGGAAUCGCCUGAUGCUUACAACUUAUUGAAUGCCUUGGUGGCUGCAUGGCAGUCCAGAUCAAGCAUGGGAAGACAUGUUCUUCCAUGGAUAUACUGUAUAUUGGUGAACCACAAUGAAUUUGUUACAUCGCAGGAACCACCGACUCUUCUGGAUUCUUUGAACAAGCUUACCAGGUCAAAGGUGGCAGCCCUGAGCUGUUUAUUGCAGUUAUCUGGCCGUUUGCAGCUCGUAAUGGCACAGAUCGAGAAGGCUGAUAAUAGGAAAAGCCCCGCACUAACACUCGAGGGGCGGAUGGAUGAA